AUGAAAGCGCAUGUUGUUACACUCGCACUGGUGCUUUGCACCAUUCAGAUAUCCUGGGCCAUCCCACGGCCCGACUUUGGUAUCAAUACGGGCGUUUACGGUAGUGCAGAUGUUUCCUCAACUGCGAAGGAUAGUGGAACAUUGAUUGAUAAAGUGAAUGAUAAUCUGGACAUUAAACUGGAAUCGGGAUAUCCGUUGCUUACCACCAUCAAGACCCAGCUUGUCGGUAUUGCCAACGAUUUCACCACCAAGGGCCUGCUAGUGUCUGGUGCGAUAGAUACACUGGCUGUUAGUACCGGUCCAUUGAAUGAUGCCUUUGGCGCCUUAACAACGGCCAGCGACAAUCUGAUCACACUGAUGAACACUGGACUUGCUUCCUACUUCACGGCGCUUAACACAAACCUAGACAACUCCAUCACCACCAUGCUGACGGAUGCGUUCGAUGAUGUGAAGACACAGUUGACACAACUCGCUGGCUACCUGGGCACGCUGAAAGGUCAGUUACAGUCCGCGGUGACUGCAGCUGGCUCCAGCCCUCCAACGAAAGUCAUCCUGCGCAAGUAUGUGUCAACGACCUUGACGGCCAACGUCGCAAAAACUGUCACGGCGCUGAAGGCCAACAUUCCGCUGGUGACGUACAUCGUUGCAGACUCGCUCGAAAAUGUUAAGGAAGCCGAUAAUUACAUCUUCGCAGCGGGUGAUGUCGCUACCGCAGCGCUGGACGGCGUCAACAAGGGCCUGGAAGCGCUUGAAUCGGAAGUGCAGCAGUACAGUGAUGACACUAGCCAAAUUACGGCCGUCAUCAAACCAGUGUAUCAGGCCAACUUUGAUAUGACCGGUGUUGAUCUGUCCGGCAUUCCGCUGAUUUCUAGCGAAAUUAACGAGUUCAAAUCAACGUACACGACGGAUCUGGACAGUACCAUCAGCGAUAUUAAGACUGCCUAUGCUACCUACAAGCAAGCGGUACCGCUCGUAUCGGAUGGACUUACUGCGUUCUACAGUAGCAGUGCAUGCAAUCAUAUGAAGCAGUUGGUAAAAGUGUUAAUCUCGAACGGAAAGUAUGCUGAGUACUGCUACAACAAGUAUAGCCCGCGCACGUUCGCACUGUUCGACCAGCAAGCACGCGAAGUCGGCCGAUGUGCGGAUCUAGAAAUCACACGCCUACUGAAGUUGCAACAGAUACUGCUUUCCAUCGCUCAGAUGCUGCUGUUCAACAUCGAGGAUAUGCUGGCCCAAGUCACGAGCUGCGCAAAAAUACCCCAACUAUGUAACCAACGCGACAUUGAGGCUGCAUUCCACGCGGUACAUACUGCCGCAAAGUCGCACCAGGAUUCGAUGAAGAACUAUGUCACCGCUGAAACUGUUGCCGGACUGAAGCGUGUUAGUGCCUGCUUUGGCACGUCGAAGUAUUUGCUACUGGUUGCCAUCAACAGCCAGGUGACUGAAAUCAACAACUGCGCAAAAGAUGGACCACUGGCAUAAGAAAAAGUAAAUAAUUAUUAUAGUUGAAU